UUUAACUCUACCGGAUCUGGUAGCGAGUCUGUUUAUUUUUCUUACUGGAAAAUUAUUUUUGGAAUAUACUGUAAUAAGCCCUGAGAGGAAAGACAGCGACGUGUCUAAAAUGAAGAGUUGCAGUGCUAUGAGGCAGCUUUCUAAAAUCGUCAUCAUGUUCUGCAUGUUGUUGCUUCCCCACACUACCGACACAAGAUUUCAGAUGUCCACUCAAGAGCAAAAUGUGAUGACUUCUCUAAACAGCGAUGUUCUUCUGCCAUGCAUCUUCAGGACGCAAGGGGACGUGGUGGACACUGAAUUCAUAUUUGUAACUUGGACACAUAAUAACAAGGAAAUAGCGAGAUACAAAGCUGGAGAUGUUCUGAUCACAAGCAAGGCUCUUCUAUUUGAAAGUGAGCUGCAGAAAGGAAACGCUUCCUUUCUUCUGAAGAAUUUUCAAGUUGGAGAUAAAGGGGAAUAUAUUUGUCAUGUUGUUGAUGCCCCAGACGAAGGCCAAAUCAAAGUCAGACUUGAAGCUACUGACACAAGAUUUCAGAUGUACACUCAAGCGCAAAAUGUGAUAAGUUCUCUAAACAGAGAUGUUCUUCUGCCGUGCACCUUCCGCACACAAGGGGACUUUGUGGACACUGAAUCUAUAAUUGUAACUUGGACACAUAAUAACAAGGAAAUAGCGAGGUACCAAGCUGGAGAUGUUCUGAACACAAGCAAGGCUCUUCUAUUUGAAAGAGAACUACAGAGAGGAAACGCUUCUCUUCUUCUGAAGAAUUUUCAAGUUGAAGAUAAAGGAGAAUAUAUUUGUCAUGUUGUUGAUGUACCAGAUGAAGGCCAAAUCAGAAUCAGGCUUGAAGAGUUGCCGAAGGUGAUGAUUGUUCCGGACAUUUUGGUGAGAGGCAAAGAUCAGAUAAUUAACUGUAUAAUAGAUGGACAUUUCCCAGAGGAAAUCAGCAUUACUUGGAAGAAGAAUGGGGUGCCUCUCAGAAAAACUGAAAUGAAAGACGAUGGUACAUUCAUAACAACAGAAUCCUUCAUUCUGAACCCUGUAGAUGAGAAUGAUGAGUUCACAUGUGAAGUGAAAGUGAUGAAUGAAAUAAUCAGCACAACGCAGAAAUUUAAACUUACAGAUGUUUGAUGUAACGUGACGCAGCUCUGAUGUUCUACUCCUGGAUACUUUACUUGAUGAAACUCCUGCCUCGCUGGACCUCCAUACACCUCAGAGCUCUUAGUGUAACCUGUGACAUUCUGAAGUGACAGUUUGAUUCUUCACCGGUCUGUGAAUGUGCCACACUUUUAGUGUUCUGCUUGCCAUUAUUGUUGUGGAUAAUAAUGAAAUAAGGAUCCUGUACUGUAUGUUCAGUGUUCUGUGAUGACUACUUGGCAACUUAAAAUUUCAUUCAUAACAAAAAAAAAUAUUUCUUAUUAUAAUAUCAACAUUUCCUUGCUCUAUUUUUAAAAAGAAGAGAUUUUAUUUUGUUUUCUAUUUGUUAAUGUUAGAGAUUGAAAAUAAACCAAAACUGAACAAAGAUUCUCUUUAACAGAUAAGUUCAGUAUUUUUCAAGUUAUUUUUCACAAUCAUGGUGUAUAUUAAUAUGCCACAUAAAAUUGUCUUCUAACGUUUUGUUCAGAAACAAAAAGUAAAGUAAUAAGGAGAAUAUAACUUGGUGGAUUAGGAGGGCGAGGUUUGUCAUAAUUCUACCCACAACGACGGCUGUGAGCAGACAAGUGAAAAGGAAAUGUAUUCUGACCUGAAGAAAAAUAGGACCAAGAAUCUGUGAUAAAAUAAUCAUUUCUAACUUCUUUCUGUUUUCACAAGAAUGCCUCAUAAACACCAAAGGCAUAUUUUCUUAAAUUGAUAUGUUUGCUGCUUCAAAGUAGACGUAUUUAGUACAUUUUAAGGUUUUUUCAUUCAUCUGUGGACUUGUGUACCCUCCAGCCGCAUUGUGAGCUUCAAGAACAGGCAACGUAUUUUUAAAACUUAUAUAUUAAAAAGAAACCACUUCACUUUAGAACACAAUUUUAUGUGGCAAAUUAAUAUGUACCAUGAUUGUGAAAUGACUUCAAUGUGAAAAAUACCAAACUUAUGUUUUAAUUCAAAUAUUGCUGCCUCUUUAUCUCAAAAGUCAAAAGCUAUUAACUAUCUCCUCACAUAACAUUUGUAAAUAUAUUUUCCUUUAUCUCAGUGUACAUAUAAGAGCCAUUCACUUAGUAUAUCUUAUGCCUUUGCAGCAUUUUUUAAAUUUUCUGAUCAUAUCAGCAUCUCAAACACUGGUUUGCUGUAUUAGAAAAUGUAUGUUUUUCUAAACUGAAAUUUUAGAUAAAUCCAUUCUGUCCAAUAUUCUUAAAACUUGUUUAAAAGAAUUAACAGAACUUUACUUAACCAAAAGUUAAUGUAAAGUAUAAUAAUCAAUUGAAGGCUAAUAAUACUCUUAAUUUGUAUGAAUACUGUAUAUAAGUUGUGUACAGCUAAUUAGACUCUUUAUAUGUUUGUUUUUGCACAAAACACUUUUGCACUAACUGUGUGACCUUAACUUAUACUACUGUGUGGAAGUCCAUUAUCUGGUCCACACAGUCCUUAGUGGAAUUCCUCUGCUUCUUCUUCGUCUUUUUUUUUUUUUUAAUUUUUAUUCAUUGUAUAAUAAUCCAGUUGGAAGAGUGGUCCUAUUGUUCAAUUAUAUUUGUAAAAGUCAAACCAUUUCAAGUAUUGUGUAGCAGAUAAAGCCACAAAGCUACAUCAGUGUACUGUUACAAUA